CUGAAGCCUGGACACCCCCUCCCCCCCCCCUCCCCCUCCGCCGCCUUGUGGCAUCCCCCUCCCUCCACCCUUUCCCACUCUGAUAAUCUCGCCAUGACUAGCAGAAGCACAGCCAGGCCCAACGGGCAGCCCCAGGCCAGCAAAAUAUGCCAGUUCAAGCUGGUCCUGCUGGGUGAAUCUGCGGUGGGGAAGUCCAGCCUGGUGUUACGUUUUGUCAAAGGGCAGUUCCACGAGUACCAGGAGAGCACCAUUGGAGCGGCCUUCCUCACCCAGUCUGUUUGUCUAGAUGACACGACAGUCAAGUUUGAGAUCUGGGACACAGCUGGGCAGGAGCGAUACCAUAGCUUGGCCCCCAUGUACUACAGAGGUGCCCAAGCUGCCAUUGUGGUUUAUGACAUUACUAAUCAGGAAACUUUCGCCCGAGCGAAGACAUGGGUAAAAGAACUACAGCGACAGGCCAGUCCUAGCAUCGUUAUUGCCCUGGCAGGGAACAAAGCCGACCUGGCCAACAAGCGCAUGGUGGAGUAUGAAGAGGCCCAGGCGUAUGCAGAUGACAACAGCUUAUUGUUUAUGGAGACUUCAGCCAAGACAGCUAUGAACGUGAACGAUCUCUUCCUGGCAAUAGCUAAGAAGUUGCCAAAGAGUGAACCCCAGAAUCUGGGGGGUGCAGCAGGCCGAAGCCGGGGUGUGGAUCUUCACGAGCAGUCCCAGCAGAACAAGAGCCAGUGUUGUAGCAACUGAGGGGGUGGCCAGCAGCAAACAAGCACGGAGCUAGCAGGAGAGCUCAGAAAUAGCCUCCAUUCCCCUCAGCACACAGCCCCCGCGGCCCCAAGGGCCGCCUCCUGGCGGCUCCGUCACGGCCGGCACUUUUUAACGCUUCAGCAGCGGCUCCAGGCCGCUGUUGCCGCUGGCCUCCUGCCCCUACUCUGGGGCUUGGGGGUCAGAUCCCCCAGGACUUACCUUCCAAAACAAACUUUCUUCACUUUGUAUUAUAGGUGCAAGACAGUGACCUAUUCAUCUUUCCUCCUUCUGCCCAUUUUUUCAGAAAACUUUUUUUUUUUUUUUGGUCUCCUGCCCCUUCCCCUUCUGCUUUUGGUCAGUCUCUGUUCUUGAUCUCCUUUUCCUCCUCUCCCCAGGAUGGAGAAGGUGGUGAACCCAGGAACUGAGGAAGGUUUCCAGUUCAGUCACAUUAAGGGCCUUGGGGGAAAGUAAGGCUCGGAGCAGGGGGUAGUAGGGAAACAUUGCCUUUGUGUUUUUGUUUGGUUGGAGUUCCUCAUAUUUGAAAGCACUGCAGUCCCUGAGUUGGCCUUGUGGAGGGUCUUUCUAGGUAGAGGUGGGAAUGGGACGGCCAGCUCCCAGGCACAGGUUGGAGUCUUGCUCUUGGCUGACUGCAGCAGUGGAAGGGGUGGAGAGGCAGUGUCAUCUGUGGCUCGUGAACUCUCGCAAGGCCGAUUUCCCCCUCACCCAGCUUCUUAGGUAGCUUCUCCCCCAUAAUGGGGGAGAGUCUGGACCCCAGAGUCCUCCAAAGAAUCUUCACUGGUUGCCUGCCUCUUUGGCUCUGCUGUGAUCUACAUGGAGGAGGGACCAGUUUCUGAUACCCAUCCUCUGACUUAGGCAUUUUUUUCUCUCUGGCCUUCAGAUGGCCCCAGCCCCAGCCACCGUAUCCCCCUGCAGUUUGCACUUUAACUGAUGGUAGUUCAGUUGUGAUAGUUGUUUAAUGGGCGGCUCGGGUGCUACACUUGCCCUCUUUUUAAUUAAGUGGAACCCAGUGUGCAUGUGAGACUGGGGGGGAGGUGCAGAGAACAGUGCCGGUGGCGGCUGCUCGAGCCCAGCCCCCACUGCUUGCUGCCUCCAACUCUGAUUCUCACUGCACCUGUAUUCUUGCCAGCCUGACUCUUUGGUGGAGGUUUACCUUUCCCGGGAGAUUAUCUGAGCAACUGGGGAGCAGUCUCAGGAUAGCAGAGGCCACUCACUGUAGGAGAGUGAAGAGUCCGGCCAGAGGGAGGAGUUUUCUGCGCUUUUCCAGGGUUCCCGUUCAGUUCGAUCCACCCAUUACUGUGUCUUUUCUACUUCCCUGUAAAUAGGUAUGGUCUUUAUUCUCACUGUACAGUCUCUUCUGCCCCCCUGCCUCCCAGCAGGCCCGAUUUCUUUUCUCCUUUGUUAGAACCUGCAGUUGGCCGUGCUUACCGCCCCAAACCCAUCCCCCGUGCAACCAGUGGUUUAAUCCACACACCACUAGGGAGUUGCACCGCCCAGGUCAGCCUGUGCCCCCUCGUAUCAUAAUGCCUGCUCCUGUGGACAGGGAAUGGCUGGCACUCAAGGUCCCUCAUGACUGUCUCACCACCAGAGGACAUUGGUCCUUUCUAAAUCUCCAGCCUCUCUCCACGCCCCUCAUCAGGUAUUUUAAGAUGUCUUUGGGAAGCCAUCAAGGCAAGAGAGAACUCUGAAUUCCUUCUUGUUCUAGCUUAGAAUUUUGGGGAAAUUGGGGGAAAUAAGAUAGGAGAGGCCAUAGUGAGCUAGGAUUGGAACUGUUCUGCCUUUUGGGCUUGUAGACUGCUUUCUGUUCCAGAGCAGCUGAGAAAUCCAUGACGCUGAGAUUCUGAAGGACUGAGCUUAGGUUCUUCCACUUAUGCCUCAAUUCCCUUCCUUUCCCAGGGGCAGCCUUAGUUCCCACGGCCCUGAAACGCAUAUUCUCCCCCUCUUUUCCCAGCACCCAUUAGCCCCCUAAAGCACCCAGUGCGUUCUUAACAAGUGGAAGAACUAGGAUGGUUCUCAUAAGUUUCUUAGAAAUGAAGUUCUUUGUGCAGUUUUCCCCAUGGAGCAGGAGUGAAGAUGUUUCAUUGCCUUGGGGCUGGGAAACCAUUUCUCCAGGCUGCUUCUCCCUUCCACUGCCCCACUUAGGAACAGGAUUGGCCUUAACUUAUGGGCCUGUCUGCUGCCUUCCUUCUACUUUCUAGCAGCUCUUCUGCUUUUCUUUGAGCUCUGGUGGGCUUGGGGAAUCUUAGUUUUUAUUUCCCGGCUCUUCAUUUUUUUCUUCUGAUCAGUUUUUUUUUUUUUUUAAGGCGGGGUAUCUUUUUUUUUUUUUUUUUUUUGCCCCUAAGAAAGCAUUUGCCUUUUUUCCCUUUUCUUCCUCUCCCAACAUAACAAUCGUGGUAACAGAAUGCGACUGCUGAUUUACCGAUGUAUUUAAUGUAAGUAAAAAAGGAGAAAAAAAGGUGUA